AUGGCAAUUUCAUGUGCAUGUGGAUUAAGUGAAAAGAAAGAAAAUCAAUACGGAAAUACUGUACUUAAUUGUGCAUGUCUUUGUGGAUAUCUUAAAUUAGCAAAAUCUCUUAUUGAAGGAGGUUGUGACAGAAAUGCAGUUGAUAAUUAUGGAAAUAAUUGCUUAAUUAAUGCAUCAGGACAUGGACUGAUUGAAAUUGUAAAAUAUUUAAUCGGAGUUGGAUUUGACAAAAAUUGGCGAAGCAAAAAUGAUGGAUUUAGUGCAAUUAAUGGUGCAUCACAUUAUGGACAUCUUGAAGUAGUUAAAUAUCUUGUUUCAGUUGGAGCUAAUCCAAAAGAAAAAGAUAAUAAUGGAUUUUCUCCAAUUCUUUAUGCAUCAAGAUAUGGUCAUCUUGAAGUGGUGAAAUAUCUGAAAAGUAUUGGUUGUGAUGUAAACUCUAAACAAAAAGAUAAUGCAAAUUGUAUUUACUUUGCAUCAUUAAAUGGGCAUCUUGAAGUAGUUAAAUAUCUUGUUUCAGUUGGUGGCAAUCCAAAUGAAAAAGACAAUAAUGGAAUUUCUCCAAUUCAUUGUGCAUCACAAAAUGGUCAUCUUGAUGUAGUUGAAUAUUUUAUUUCGAUUGGAGUUAAUCCAGAUACAAAAUCAAAUUAUGGAUGGUCGCCAAUAAUAAUUGCAUCAGCAAAUGGUCAUCUAGAAUUAGUUAAAUAUCUGAUUCAAUGUGGAUGUAAUAAAAACGAUAAAACGAGUGAUUAUGAUACUCCACUUCAUUAUGCAGCAACGAAAGGACAAUAUGAAGUUGUUGAAUAUUUAGUUUCAAUUUGUGCCAAUCUUAGUGAUAAAAACAAAGAUGGAAAAACUCCACUUGAUUAUGCAAAGGAAAAGCAAAACGAAAAUGAAAACUACAGGAAGAUCAUUAAUCUUCUUGUUCAAUCAGGCGCACAAUAA